AUGGACACGGGCGCACAGAAACACCGGCCUCCCGCGAACCUCGAAGUCAGCGAUGCCUCUCCCACUCUUGCAUCGUCUUCAGAGCUCCUCAGUGGCCUAGAAGAACAUGAAGAUGUGGUUUCGUGGAUCAACACUGUUCUUGACAUAUAUGAAGAGCCUAGUGACGCGGAACGCUCUGCUGCGCUAACGGAACUGGACCGACGCGUCUCCCAUUUGGUGGGGACCCUUGAAAUCGCCUCGGAAGACACCUCCGCCCACGUCGACCGACUCAUCGAGGACAUUUCCCGCGGCGCGUCAAGGCUCACGUACGACCUUCAUUUCAUGCGCGAGAGCGCGCUCUCCCUCCAGACCAUCCUCCACAAUGUCGAGGCCAAGUCCAGCCCGUCCAUGGGUGCAGAAACGGAUGCCGCACUGGAGAAUCUGCAUCACCUCGACACCAUUAAACGCAACGUGGAAGCAACUCGGGAGGUUUUGCGGGAGGCGGAGAGUUGGAGUACGCUGGAGAGCGACGUGACGUCUUUGCUUGGGGAGAAGAACUACGAGAAAGCCGCGGAACGGCUUUCGGAGGCGUCGAAGAGUAUGGUUGUCUUCGAAAACACACCGGAGUACGACAGCCGUCGCACCCUCAUGGUCAGUCUGCAAAAUCAGCUCGAAGCGUCCCUCAGCUCCGCACUUGUCGCCGCAGUCAACUCGCAAGACGUUGCUGUGUGUCGAAACUACUUCUCCAUCUUCUCCAACAUCCAACGCGAGUCCGAGUUCCGCAACUACUACUAUGGCUCGCGUCGCGGUCCUCUGGUAGAAGAGUGGCAGCUCGCGAGACUCCGUGACUGUGAAACCACCUCCCCCAUCGACCAAUCAUCCCUGGCAUUCUCCGCCUUCCUUACCACCUUCUAUGAUUCCUUUGUAGCCAUCCUGCAGACGGAGAGAACCUCUGUGCCUGCCAUCUUCCCCGAUCCCCGACCUACGCUCUCUGCCCUCAUCACAUCCACCCUUUCUGCCUUGCAACCGUCGUUCUCCCAGCGUCUGGAAGCGCUCUCGACGCAUUACGGUGCCCAGGCUCUCCUCCAGCUCAUUUCGACGUAUCGGGCGACCGAAGACUUCGCUGUUACCACUGACAAGAUCAUGGAGAAGGUCAGCUAUGCUGCACCCAUCACCUCCGAAGACCAGCGACCCUCUGCACACUCUCGCCGCCGUUCAACAAACCGGAUGUCGUUGUCCAUGUCACGACGGAAUCGCCCGUCUAUCAGCGGCACAGGCGUCCUGAUCCCUCCAACUCUCGGCUGGGACACCGAACUCUUCGAACCCUUCGUCGACUUUCAAGUGGAGUACGCGGCGCUGGAGACCCGUUUUGUCGAGGAUGCGCUGAAGACGGUAUUGGCUGCCGAGUCGAAAGGACGUAUCGACCAUGCACGCGUGCUUCGAGAGCGCGCUGUGGAUGUUUUCGGUAUCGCAGAGGAUGCCAUUGCACGGUGUACGGCUUUCACGCACGGAUACGGCGUCCUUGGCCUUGUUCAGUCUGUCGAUCGCCUGUUCUCUGCCUUCGCUGAGGCUUCAACUUCGGAGAUCUCCGCGCGUCGAAGUGGUCAAGGCGGUUCCUCAAUGACGGCAUCUGCCUCUGGGGAAGACCUCUCCGACCUGGAUUACACUGCGGAUGAUUGGGUAGACAUCCAAGCACUCCUCCAUUUCCUCGAGGCCGUCCGCACACUGCUCGACCGCAUGGUCAUGUUCGAAUCAAAGCUUCGUGCGAGCUUGGUCCAGGUUUCCGCGUCGAUGCGCCAGUCACGUAAUGACCCAGCGGCGAUCUUCAUGUCUGGCGCAAGCCGCGGCAAGCUCCAGCUACUCAUGCAGUCCAAUUUGAACUCGGCGGAGCUGCAGGAGCUGCUCAAUAAGGUCGAUCCGGAGGCGCCUCCUCCACAGAGUGCAACCCCAGGCAGCACCUUCCUGACUCCUACUCCCCCGACACCGGGACCGAUCUCUGAACUCGCACGGACGACCCAGCAAGCCCUCCAAGACACGAUCCUCUCCCCGCUGUACAAGUACCUUUCCACCUACGCUUCCUCCUCCCUGUGGGCCGCUCCGCCCGACCCGCAGACCCGACGCGUGCAAGGCACUGGCGGCGGCAACGCGCUCUCCGAGGUCUCCGUGCCCACCUUCUCGCUCUCCCCGAGCAGCACGAUGCAGCACGUCACCGAAGGCCUCCUCAACCUCCCGCGCCUCUUCGAGGUCUACGCCGACGACGACGCGCUCGCCUUCUCGCUCAACACCCUCCCCUUCCUCUCGCCCGACACCCUCCGCGCGCUCUCCGAGCCCGCGCCCCCCGCGCCGACCGACGCCCACGCCGCAGCCGGCGGCAUCACGCACACGCGGCGCGCCCCGUCCCUCGCGCUCGCGCACGCGCCGGCGUCCCCCGCGCUCGCGCUCGCGCCCGCGCCGCUGCCCCCGGAGGCGGUCGCGGCCGCGUGGCUCGCCGCGCUCGGGCGCGCGCUUACGACGCACCUCACCGACGCCGUCCUCCCGCGGAUCGCGCGCCUCUCGCCCGCGGGCGCGGCGCAGCUCGCGAGCGACCUCGGCUACCUCGCGAACAUCGUCGCCGCGCUCAACGUCGACGCGCCCGCGCUCGAGCGGUGGCGCGCCGCCGCCGCGCUCGACGACGUCGAGGGGCGCAGGCGCGUGCGGGAAGAUAGGGCCAGGCCAAAGGGGGUGGGCGAGGGGGGCGAAGCGGAGGCGCUGGACGGGAACGGGAACGGGCACGGGGAGGCGAAGGACGCGGCGGAGUUGGAGCUGGACGCGGCGGUGCUGGCGGCGGUCGCGAAGCUUCGUGGGUGGGCGUGA